AUGUCUUGCAAGGUGGCUGGCCGCCCAGUGGGGGUGCUGGCCCGGAAGGCGCGCAGCCUGUUUGCCGGGCGGUGGCUGGCGGAGGCGGAGGCGGAGGCGGAAGUGCACGCCGCCGCCUUCCAGAGCUCACUACCGCCGCUGCUUGACGGGGCUAGCCGCCACCGCCGCCUCCCGGUGCUCGCCGCCGCCUCUGCCUCCCAGUGUUCACUACUGAGGCCACCUGCCAGUGCUCACGGCCGACGCCACCUGCCGGUGCUCCCCAAUCCGCCGCAGCUUGCUAACGUUCGCGGAAACCGCUGCCGCCUGCAGGUGCUCGCCAACGCCGACGCCUCCCCGUGCUCGCAACAGCCACCGCCACCUGCUGGUGAUCGCCGCCGCCCCCUCCUCAACGUGAUCGCCACUGCCGCCGCUGAAUGCACGUGCUUGCCACAGCCGCUGCCUCCCAGUGCUCGCUCCAGCCACCGCUUGCUGGUGCUCUCCACCACCACGGACGCCGCCUCUCGAUGCUCGCCGCUGCGGCCGCCUGCCGGUGCUUGCCACCCUCACCACCACUUGCUGAUGCUUGCUGCCCCUGACGACGCCUGCCGGUGCUCGCCAGCCGCCGCUGCCUGUUGGUGCUCACUGCUGCAGCCGACUGCCAGUGCUCAGGGCCACUACCGCCUGUCGGUGCUCGGUACCGCCGCCGCCGCCACCACCUGCCAGUGUUCUCCAUUCUACCGCCUGCCAGUGCUCGCCACCGCCGCCACUGCGUGCCAGUGCUUGCUGCGCGGCCGCCUGCUGGUGCUCACUGCCGCCGCCGGCUCACAGUGCUCACCACCGCCGCUGUCUCCAGGUGCUUGCUGUCACGACCACCUGCCGGUGCUCAGGGCCGCCACUGCCUGCUGGUGCUCGGUACCGCCUUCGCUGCCGCCUGCCAGUGCUUGCGUCCGCCGCCACCGCCAGCCGGUGCUCGCCGUCACCGCCGCCCCAUGGUGGUCGCCGCCGCCUCCGCCGCCACCUCCCCUGCUCACCACCGCUGCUGCCUGCUGGGGCUCGCCGUCAACACCGCCUCCCGGUACUCCCCGCCGCCACCGCCUCCCAGUGCUCGCUGCUGAGGCCACCUACCGGUGCUCACGGUCGACGCCGCCUGCCGGUGCUCCCCAGCGCCGCCACAGCUUGCUGAUGCUCCCCGCCGCCACCGCCGCCGCCGCCUGCCGGUGCUCGAAGCCACCGCCGCCUCACGGCGCUUUCCACCGCCGCCGCCUGCCAGUGCUCGCCACGGCCACCGCCACCUGCCGGUGCUGGCUGCCGCGGCCGCUAGCCGAUGCUCACAAACGCCGCCGGCGGGUAAACGCCAACGCAGCCGCCGACACCUCCUGGUGCUCUCCACCACCGCCGCCGCCUGCUGGUGCUAACUACCGCCGCCGCCUGCCGGUGCUCGCCGCUGCCGCCACCGCCCGUCGGUGCUCGAUGCCACCGCCGCCUCCCAUUUCACGCCACCGCUGCAACCACCUCCCGGUGCUCGCCGCCUCCGUCGCCUCCCAUUGCUCACUGCUGAGGCCACCUGCCGUUGCUCACGGCCGACGCCGCCUGCCGUUGUUCCCCACUCCGCCGCAGCUUGCUGAUGCUCGCCGCCACUGCCGUCGCCUGGUGGUGCUCGCCACCGCCGCCGCCUGCCGGUGCUCGCCAACGCCGCCGCCUGCUGCUGCUCGCCGCCGCCGCCGCCGCCCGCCGGUGCUCAUUUCCCCCGCCACCUCCCGUUACACGCCACUGCCGCCACCGCGUUCCAGAGCACGCAGCCGCCGCUGCCGCUGCCUCCCAGUGCUCGCCACCGCCGCCGCCUGCCGGUGCUCACCACCUCUGCCGCCUGCUGGUGCGCGCCACCACCCCCGCCUCCCCGUGUUGCUGCCGCGGCCACGUGCCGGUGCUGACAGCCGACGCCGCCUGCCGGUGCUCACAACCGCCACCGCCACCUGCCGGAGCUUGCCACCGCCGCCGCCUCAAGAUGAUCGCCACGGCCGCCGCUGA